GUAAUAUUUUCGUAAUGUCGUAUGGUUGGUUGAGUGAGAGUACGAUUGCUCCUCGCAAAGGUCGUUCUCUUCAGGUUCCCAAAGGUUCGACUUCCUUAUUGCAGCGCUUAAUCAAAAGCCACGGCCCCUCUGGUAAACUCGCUUCUACAUUAAAAAAGGCAGGAAAAUCCAAGACAAAAAAGGAUCCUUUGGACGGCUCCAACCCUGGCGUUGAGUUGCGCAACCGUGUUGACCGCAUAAGCCAAUCUAGCACUAACUCCAGGAUUCGUGAGCGUUUAUCUGCCAAGGCGCAUAUUUAUGAGUCGAUGUCCCAGGGGCUACCGGUAUCUGACGUCGAGUGUGUGGAACCCUUGGUUGACUUCUCAACGAAACGUGAGUUGGAUGCUGCUUCAUGCACUGUUGAGGGACCCGAAGGCACUGUUUUAGUAUCCAAACCGAUAGAUCCAGUUACCAGUGAAGCUCCUGUUACCAGUAACGUAUCACUAGCUGACGUUAGCGCAUUUUCGGAUGAAGAAUAGUUU